GUGUGGCGGUGUUACCUGAUCCUAACUCCCCUGCCGUCCCUCGUCCCUGUGGCAAGGCCAAGAUGAUGGGCUGUGGGGAGUCGGGGCUGGAGUCGGCGGAAGAAGCCGCCGUGGCGACCCCUGGGCCACCCCCAGAGCCUCGAGCCUCGGAGCCCCGCGCCCCCGUGCCCGAACCCGGCCUGGACCUGAGUCUGAGCCUGAGCCCGAGCCCGGGGCCUGGGAGCCCGGAGCCGUCCAGCUGCAGCCCCGGGCGGCGGAAGGGGCGGGCUCACCGGCGGGGCGGGGCCCGCAAGGGGAGACAGGUCCGCUUCCGCCUGGCGCCCACCUCCCCCAGCCACUCCGAGCCGCGGCCGCCGCCACCGAGCGAGCAGCUCGCGGCGCCGCAGGAGCUCGAGGCGCCCGCGCUUCAGAGCACGCUGGCCUUGGGCCUCGAGCUGCAGGCCGCGCGGGCCGCUGCUGAGGGCCACUUCGACGCCGAGAAGGCCGUGGAGGAGCAUCUGAGAAAGUCGUUCCAGACCCGCUGUGGCCUGGAGGAGAGCGUGGCCGAGGGGUUGAACGUGCCACGCUCCAAGCGGCUCUUCCGGGACCUGGUGAGCCUGCAGGUGCCGGAGGAGCAGGUUCUGAACGCCGCGCUCCGGGAGAAACAGGCGUUUCUGCCGCCGCAGGCCCGAGCCCCGCCCCCAAAGGAGCCACCGGGGGCAGGGCCAGACAUGACCAUCCUCUGCGACCCAGAAACACUGUUUUAUGAAUCGCCGCACCUGAGCCUGGAAGGCCUGCCUCCUCUCCGCCUUCGGCCCCGGCCCCGCCCAGCCGAGGACACCUUCCUCAUGUAUCGGACUCUGAGGCGCUGGGAAGCGUAGAACUGGAAGAUGCCUGGAUUGCAUGCCCCAUUUAUUGUGUGACUUUUUCUUUUCCCUUUCCCUCCAGAAUAAAGAGGUUUUGCUAACAAA